UUACGAUGUCGCGUUAUGGCCACACUACCUUCCACGCUCGAAAUCAAAACAAUCUGGGACGACUGGGAUUUUCGAUCUUUAACGUAAAAAACCUGCCAGCCCGAUAUGGAUCCAAACUUGUAUCAGGGAAAUGCCAUCUUCCGCAACCAGCCGUCGUAUAAAGCCUUCAACAAGUCCUUCGAGCAUGUGGAUGAUGCGCUUUACACUUUCCUAAACGAGGUGGACCCGGAGGUCCUAAGGCUUGAGCUUAAGGAACCGUCUGAGGUCUUCACAUCCUUCAAGCUGAACACCGCCCCGAAGGAUCCGCGCACCAAUGAAGUUCCACGGACCUGCGUCUGUGACCACACCAUCAGCCGGACGGAGCCCCGCUAUAGUUUUCCCAAUCCCCUGGGACACUUUUCGGAGUUAAACCUGCAGCAGCAAGCGGCUUGCAUGCGAGUUCUGCUGGCUUGGCAGCAGGGUGCAGCGGUCGCAGAGGAUGACUUUGUGAUUUGGCAUGCCACGGAGAAGAAGCGGUGCAAUGAGCAGCAAAGAGUACAGAAGUACAUCCACGAUUACGAGCAAAGUCAGAGGGAAGUCCUCUAUAUACCCAUGAAGCGCCUGGUUACUAUCUAUAGGCAGUUAUACGAGCUCAGCCUGAAGAAGCUGAUGAAGAAGUACGCCAACGAGUCGUACGUGACAUUCUCCGGGCUGCCUCAGCUCUCUCAGUGCAAGAGUCUAAAUUCCCAGACAGUCAGCAUAGAGGAGGUGGAGUUGGAGAGAGUUGUAGGCCGCACCAGGAUCUGGCCAGGAAAGGAGCUUCGCAGUGACUCGGUCAUGCGGAAUCUUAAUGUGCGCUUGGAUCGAUACUCUGGCAAGGAACCCAAAGAUUCUCCUACUCUUUUACGGGACGAAGAGAAGAAUCAGGAGGCGCUAGGUGGCAAUGUAGUGGUCUUGCCCUUGGACUCACUGCUGAUGCUCCUAACCUCAGGGUCAUAUGUCGAUAUGUCUGCCGAGAUGUUCGUGAGCAUAGGGGAAUCUACCGGUGCGGGACACAAAUACAUCGAGUUUUACACUCCGUUUCCUGCGCGGAACUGCGGUUGGCAUACAAACAGUCUGGUCCUGAAGAAGGCCUAUGAAGCCUACAUAUCACAGCCUGGACAAGCCAGGUGGUUGAACUCUGACCCGAACGGAGCUACAAGAGAAAUUACAGACCCCGUUGACAUUGAUAUGACAGCUUCCUCGAUCAAUCUCCAAACGGACUUUAAGCCUCUCUUAGUAGGUGAAUUAUCAUCAGACAUCUUGGAUACCUCCGCAAACGCUGCACUGGUUAGUUGGUGCCUGAGGUGCAAGGGAAGCAAUGGUGAGGACAUUGGGGAAUUCCAAGUAUUUAGCACCCUUACAAUCGCAGCGAUGAUAGACGACCAUGGGAAGCAGCAACCUCUCGGUUGCCACCUAAUCAAGAUGGAGAACAAACCCGACUGCGGCUGCGAAAUCAUGUCUAAGUACGAGCUGAUAUCGGCUUGGCUGCAGCUGAAGCUUCUGCACGCCGAAGUGGGGCACUGCACCCGCAUUUCGCUGCGAGACUUUGAGCCCAUGCUGGAGGAGAAGCUCACCCUGAUCUCGCUGGAGCAGCAGCUGCACGACUAUUACAAUACAAGCAUGCCACAGUUACUGUCCAAUCUCUACGAGUUUCUCCAGCUACUGUGCUCGGUGCCUGCCGGUACUUUCCUCCUGCGACAUUCUCCCAAAUACAAGGAUAAGUUCUUGCUAUGUAAAGCCACCAAAGAGGCGACAGCUCAGAGCUUCCUGCUGCACCAACUGUUAACGGAGUCGCCACCCAGCGAUCUGAACUUCCUUACCCAGGGCAGCUACCUCCCGAUUUCGCCCACCCUAUGCGGACGUCUGCACGAAGAACUCCAUUUGCUGCCCUGCGCUUUUCCACCGAAGGCGGAUGGCAGGGCUGUGAAGCGGCGAGGGACGGCGGUCCUACCCAGGACAGAACCCACAAAACGGGUCCUACCCAGGCGACAGCCAGUCCAUAUGGGAAAAACAUCUGCUCAACGUGAAAAUAUCCGUCACACUUGUAAGACGGCGCAAAAAAGAAGGGCCAGAGCUCGCAAAAUAGCGGCUGCCAAAGAGGAGAAGGCGCAAUUGGACAAGUUUAUGAGCUUGUGAUGUUGAAGUUAAAAC